ACAACGUUCCGCACGGACAUGGAAGGGUUACAUUUACAUAGCUAGGGAAGCUAAUGCUAAAGGCAGGCUAGGCUAGGCUAACUACCAACAGCUGGAGGAGCGAAGGGUCGAAGGUGACUGUUAAUUGUAAAACAAAUCACUGUAUGAGUCAUUGUUGUCGUGUCUAAUUUAUAGCCUACUAGCUAGCUCAACUGACUUCUGGGUUUAAGUUUGCUAACCUCACUGGCUAGCUAACGAGACACCUUUGGUUAUAUUUAACUGGUUACGGAUACUAGCUAUGCCGACUAGCUGGGUUAGAUAGGUUAGCUAACGUUACAAAAGAUAUAAAGGAAGAUUUGAAAGAAGCUAAUUAUAAACUAAAUCCUCUACAGUAAGUCUGACUUGCCAUCGCGUUCACAGUAGCAUAAUAUACCUAGCUAGCUAACUUAGAGCUCAAAUAACUCGUAACAGGUUGAGGAAGUCAGACAUUAGCCAACUGAUCGGCUUCUUCUGGAGAAGUUUCUUUCUCUUUUUUGAACAUGCAGUGUGCAUUAGUAAAUUCGUCAGGACACAGGGUGGAACUAUUCGAUGGUCGAGCCCUGAUUUUUGGUCGGGGACCUGAGACCGGAAUUACUGAUAAAAAAUGUUCGAGACAUCAAGUCAAGCUUGUGGCAGAUUAUGCACACCGAGAGAUUCUUGUGACACAGCUUGGUCCAAACCCUUCUUCUGUGAAUGGCCAGACCUUGCGCCGAGGUCAGUCUGGACGACUGACUCUAAACGGCACACUGUUUGUGGUCAAUGAGAGUUACCCAUUCACUGUGCAGUUCUCUGGCACAGAGGAGACUUCCCCUUCAGAGCCUCGCCAAAUGGGUCAUAAGCAGGGAGCAUUGGAUGACCGGAAACACAAACGGAGAGCCUUAGAUGGUUCGGCUGAGGUGGUACCCAAGAGGAGCAUCCAGGAUUUCUUUUCUUCACCUAAAAAGUCAAUAAAAAGGCCACACGGUACUGAAGAAGAUGUAUCCAGCAAUAAACGCGGGCGUGCUGCGAUUUCGGAUGAGGAGGACAGAGAGAGCCUGGCGGAGGAGAACCUCAGGACACUGCAGGAGCUGGCACAGAGAUCAGGCACCCAGCAGAACCCAUCAGAACCCAUCCAGACUUCUCCAUCUUCUGCCUGUCCUCAAAGUAACUGGCAGCAAAUAGGCAACCUCAUGGUCUACACUACAGCAGGAGUCACAGGACACUCCAGGAUAGCAGGAUUUGACAUUGAUGGCUGCAUUAUCACUACAAAGUCAGGAAAAGUGUUUCCUACUAGCCCAGAUGACUGGAGGAUACUCUUUCCUGAGAUACAGCCCAAACUGGCCACUCUGCUGAAGGAAGGGCUCAAGGUGGUUUUCUUUACUAAUCAGAUGGGUAUUGCUCGAGGCAAACUCAGACCAGAGGUGUUCAAGGCCAAAGUUGAAGAUAUUCUUCAGACUUUAAAUUUGCCUGUACAGGUAUUUGUUGCAACAGGUCCAGGUAUUUAUAGAAAGCCUGUAAUAGGAAUGUGGGAACACUUAUGUGAGAAGGCAAAUGGUGGGGUGACUGUAGACAAAUCGCAAAGUUUCUAUGUGGGAGAUGCUGCAGGCCGUCCUGUAAACUGGGCUCCAGGGAAGAAGAAGAAGGACUUCUCCUGUAGCGACAGGCUGUUUGCUCUGAACAUUGGUGUGAACUUUUACACUCCAGAGGAGUUCUUCCUGGGCUGGAAGAGUGCUCCAUUCAACCUGCCCACCUUUGAUCCAAGGACGUUAGACCCAAAGACACGUCUGUAUGACCCUGCUGAGGCCUCACUCACUUCUACCAGCCAGGAAGUCAUUGUUGCUGUUGGAUUCCCAGGAGCCGGCAAAUCCACAUUCUUUAAUACCUACAUCAUCCCAAAGGGCUAUAUGUAUGUAAACAGGGACACACUGGGCUCCUGGCAGAACUGUGUCUCAGCAUGUGAGCGUGCUCUGAAAGAAGGCCACAGUGUUGUCGUAGACAAUACCAACCCAGACCCUGAGUCGCGGAAGAGAUAUGUGGAUGUUAGUCAGAAUGCUGGUGUUCCCUGUCGAUGCUUCAACUUCAGUGCCUCUCUGGAACAAGCCAGGCACAAUAACAGGUUCCGUGAGAUGCUUCCCUCAGACUCCAAGCAUGUGACUGUCAAUGACAUGGUCUUCCACACGUACAAGAAAAAGUUUGUGAGCCCUACACUUUCAGAGGGCUUCUCUGAAAUCCUGCAGGUCCACUUUGUGCCCAGUUUCACUGACAGUGGCUUGGAGGCUCUUUUCCGGCAGUUCUCAGAAAGCUGAGAAGCGUUUACCCACUGGAUGAACACUAAGAGUAAAAGUCUUAAACCCCAGUGCAGUAGAAUGAGCAGUUUUAUUCUGAGUAGUUUUGGAUUUGCUACAAAAAACUGGUCAAUCAUUAUUCUGUAAUUCAAGAACACAAUAUUAAUGAAUUUGCCUUCAUUAUCGCACCAAGGAAUUAGAGCAAAGAUUGUCAGACUGGUGGAAGGAAGGAACUGAUUUUUCAUAGCUGCUAAUUUGAUUGGAAAUCAGAGUGUGGUGUUUACUUUGGUAGUGAAAGAACGUCACGUAUCAGAAAUGGUGAACAUAAAUGUGACCUUUUAAUUUAUGUUUACACACAUUAAUAAAAACUCAAU